CCGCGCUCACCGGCGGGACGGAGCCGGGCGCGGCGAGAAGCGCCCGAACCUCCCGCAGCUCCUCGGGAAUGCAGCGGAGGGAGGCGCCGGGUGCUCCGAGAUGGUCACGGCUCCUGCCCGCCCCACUGUGCGUGUGUAGGGGAUGGCAUUCCUUCCCCAAGGAAUUCACAUUUGAGCACUGAUGCGCAUUUCGAGCUAGUUUCAGGCUAGGAGUCGAAUGAACUCCCAAUACAAAGCAGAGACGGAUUUGCUUCCAGCCUUAUAAGAGGCGCCUCGCGGGAGGACAGCGCGGACCGAGUGACUCAAGGCGCCUCUGACUUUCUCAGGGUUAGAAAUCUGAAACAAUGGGUGACUGGAGUUUUCUGGGGAGGCUGCUAGAGAACGCGCAGGAGCACUCCACGGUGAUUGGCAAGGUUUGGCUGACAGUACUGUUCAUCUUCAGGAUACUGGUGCUGGGGGCUGCCGCUGAGGAAGUCUGGGGAGACGAGCAGUCAGACUUUACGUGCAACACUCAGCAACCUGGUUGCGAAAAUGUUUGCUAUGACAAAGCCUUCCCCAUUUCUCAUAUCCGCUUCUGGGUGCUGCAGAUCAUUUUUGUCUCCACUCCAACCCUCAUCUACCUGGGCCACGUGCUGCACAUUGUACGCAUGGAGGAGAAGAGAAAAGAAAAAGAAGAGCUGAAAAAGAGGGGAAGUGUCAAAGAGAACAACUAUCCAGGAGCAGCAACAUCUGGUGGUGGUAGUAGAGGAGGCAAUAAUUUCAAGGAUCCUCCUAUGAAAAUGGGAAAGGAGAAGCUUCCGAUCCGUGAUGAGCGUGGUAGAAUCCGUAUGGGAGGUGCUCUGCUCCGUACCUACAUCUUCAACAUCAUUUUCAAGACGCUGUUUGAGGUAGGCUUCAUUGUGGGCCAGUACUUCCUUUAUGGCUUUGAACUAAAGCCAGUCUACCAAUGCAGCCGUCCGCCUUGCCCACACACUGUGGACUGCUUCAUCUCACGGCCCACUGAGAAGACAAUCUUCAUCAUCUUCAUGUUGGUGGUGGCCUCUGUCUCCCUGCUGCUGAACAUGCUUGAGAUAUAUCACUUGGGGUGGAAGAAGCUGAAGCAGGGCAUGACAAGCCAGUACAGCCUUGAGAUGCCUGUUACAACGCUGACACCAGUCAUGGUAACAGGAGAACCCAAACCAGUUUCCCUGCCACCACCAGCACCGCCAGUGGUGGUAACGACCACUGCACCUGCUCCUGUUCUGCCUGACACGCGUGCUGUCACACCGCUGCUGGCUCCGGUGACCAUGGCACCCUACUAUGCUGCAGCUGCUCCUAGGGCACGGCCCCCCUCCAACACUGCCUCCAUGGCAAGCUACCCUGUAGCUCCACCAGUUCCAGAGAACAGGCACCGUGCUGUCACCCCUACGCCCGUCUCCACUCCUGUCACCAUCCCAACUCCCAUCCCCACACCCACACCAGCUGUCAUCAACUACUUCAACAGCAAAAGCAAUGCCCUGGCAGCCGAGCAGAACUGGGUCAAUAUGGCAGCUGAGCAGCAAGGCAAGGCACCCUCCAGCUCAGCAGGUUCCUCCACCCCUAGCAGCGUCCGGCAUCCUCUUCCAGAGCAGGAAGAGCCCCUGGAGCAGCUUCUCCCACCCCCAGCUGGGCCACCCAUCUCCACAGCCAACAGUGGCAGCAGCACCAGCUUGAGCGGAGCAAGUGGAAGCAAGUGGGAUGUGGAAGGCGAGGAGGAGCUGGCAGAGGAACGGCCCAUCUCAGCCACCUGCACCACCGUGGAGAUGCAUGAGCCACCAUUGCUUGUAGACACACGGCGUUUGAGCAGGGCCAGUAAGUCGAGCAGCAGCAGAGCCAGGUCAGAUGACUUGGCCGUGUAGUGCAAUCACCGCUGUGCAGCGGAGCAGGUGGCUGAAGGCAGAGUGGGCAGGGGACCUUCCCCAGAGAGGCCAGGCCUGGCACGGGUGGGAAGGCCUGGGUUUCAACUUUGAUGCUUGCUGUUUUUGCACUCUGUGAGUUGUAGUGGGGAAAAAUAGCAACGUUUUCUAAUAGGUCAGGGGUGGCCAAAGCGCAGCCCGUAGGCCAGGGGACCAAUCCUGCUCUCUUUAAUGUCCAUGGCAGAUCUCCCAAGGGCAGCCACAGUGGAGGCCUGCAGAGGUAACAGGUGGUGAUGGUAGCAGGUCAAGUGCCCUGAGGCUGACUUUCAUUUGAGCAAAAUGUUCCUAUCCCUACUGCCCACAUGCCUGCCAUCAUCUCCUUCAUGCCCUUGUCUUCACUUCCAGCCUUUUCACAUAAGCUCUGUGUGAGCAGAUGCUAUGACUUAUUUUCUUCCUUUUAAAUCCCGUGUAGCCCAAUGGCAAACAUCAGGAUGGCACACUGCCUGUUGGCACCUGUCAUCUCUCUGGACCAACUUGCCAUAUUAAAGACCAAGGCGACUGCAGUCUCUUCCAUAUAACGCAACUUAAGGAAGCCUUUGUGUUCAUGGCAAAUUGCCAACGUGGUCCUCUUGGCUGGGCAAAAUUUAGGUAACCCCUGUAGUAGAUUUUAUCAUUUUGAGGUUCAUCUUUCUAUUUUUUUUUUUCCUUUUUAUUUUUUAACUCUUGACCUGUUAAGAAGUGUUCGGUUUGACCUUCUAUCCAGUGUUUGCCAACAAUGAUCACAUCAUGUUUGGAAGCCCACAAAUAUAUUUGAGCAUGCUUGAUUAUAAUUUUAGAUGACUUCUGAAAUUGCUUAGAAGAGGACAGGAAUGUAAACCAUACACCUCAGAAAUGAUUACACAGAACAAUUUCUCUUCAGAAAGCAAGGAUUAUGGUUUCAGUGCAUUGUGGCCCUAUAUGUUGCCCAUGGAUAAUCAAUAGGAUGAAGUAGAGCUCUGCAUUUUAGACUAUUAGAUACCAGCUUAAGUUUGUUGGAAGAAAGCUAUUUAGAAGUAAACUUGAGUGCAUAUUUUUAAGUAUUUGAACAUUUAUAGAGUAAUUUUGAUCUGUAGAUUUAGAGCUAAUUGACUGUGUACUUACUCAUUUUAGUUUGAUUUUUGAUCUUACAAGAAAAUGUAAGGGGAAGGAAACUUAACUAAUGGUGACGAAGACCCAAACCAACAUUUCCUGUUAUGAUCUACCCUGUCCCUUAACAGAAAUCUGUAGUGUCUGAGAAGUCUGUAAAAACAGAUUUAGACAAUGUUAUGUUGCAGAAAAGGUGGCUAAAAUAUCUGGGCAACAUGCUGAUGGGUCUGUAUUGACCCCACUGAAGUCACUUGCAGAAUUUCCAUUCAUUUUAACAAGGAGCAAGGUUUGGCGAUGGAACUUGCAGGCCGUAUUCAGUCAGAACUGAAAUUCACAUGGAGUUUUGGGAGCCAGAAUGAGUGUAGAUUUGGGGCCUUCUAUAAAGACUUUAAAAUCCUGCUUUUGAAAAUUGUGAACUUCUCUUAAAAAUGAGUGGAGGAAACUACUGGGUAUUUUUUUCUAAGGUGCAGCUUCCUUUUUAACUGGCUUAAUCCUUCAUUUCAUUGUAACAAAUGCUCUUACAGAAAUUAGUCAGAAUUUUGAAUUCCUGAGCAGGCUUGUGAGAGUUUGGGUACAAAGAAAUGCAGGAUUAGGUUCAACUUCUGUUCUAAGCAAAAUCCAAAAUAAAUGAAGCACAGAGUCAGUCUUUUUGCUGCUGUAAAUUGGAAGUGCUGUAAUUGGAGAAGAGCAACCAAACACACUGGGAUAACCCUUCACAUGUUGGAAGUAUUUGGCCUGGCAGUGCAACCCUUACUCAGGCAAAGCAGGGUCAUCCUGUAGCAAACAGCUAAGUUGCCAGUUACUUUGCUGUUAAAUGUUUUCUGGAAUGUGUUUAUUUUAUUCAACAGUUAAAAUGUUCCCACCACUCAAGCUUGAAGUGGUCUGCUUUUGAGUAGACACAAGGAUUUUCUCUUGGUCAGAGAUGCUGUUCUGCAGCCCCUGGGCAUGCUGUCUCAUGACUUCAUUGACCAGCUUGUAGUAAACCAGGUGAGAAGUCUUUUUUGAUGCCAUUGAUCUCAAGGCAGACACUUCACUGAGAGUCAAUAUACAGUAGUACAGUAAAGACAUCUACUGAUAGUGUUCAGCUUGAAGCAUUCACUCUUGGAUUUUCUGUUAUAAAGCCAUAAAAACCCUUUCUAUAAGAAAGCCGAAAGUUGAAUCCCACUUUCUGUUGUAUCCAUGCAACUGUGCUGAACUUAAUGAAAGUUGAUGAAAUUGCCUCACUGUAAAACAAAAGGCAGAGUUUAGCACUCAAAUAUUAUGGACUCAUUAGUAGAGGUUUGUAGUAGAGGUUUUUUUGAGUUGAAGUAAAUGUCAAAUAAUUAGACUGCUGAAAUAAUGAAAUAUGCAUCUCUGCAUAUUAGUACAUCAAAAUUCAUUGGCUGGAUUUUCCUUUCGUACUUCUGGAGAAUGAAGUCGAAGUCCUUCUGGAGUGUAUUUCCAGACCACCUGGGAAAUGUGGUUUUUUGUUGUUUUUUUCUUUAAUAUUGAGGCCCGAGAGCAAAACUGACUUUCUGUUGAUGGAGCCCUGUAUCUUGCAGUCCUUAACUUAGUGCAGCCCCUACAGAGUGAGUCCUGCAGUACUGCAUCCAUACUGUAUAUAAAAUGAGAGCAGAGAUAUUUUUAACUUAGGAUCAACUGAUACCUUCUGAAUUAACACGUGGUUAGACCUGCAGAGAGCUCAGGUGCUUUUGUGGAAUAUGUGGUAUUUUCAGGCAGAGUAAUUACUGGAAAGAUGUAAAAGAUCUUUUUUUCUCUUUUUUCUUUUUCUUUCUUUUUUUUUUCUUUUUUUUUUCCCCUGUAAGGUUCAGGGGGAGAAAUGUAAGUCUUGUACAACCCGAAGAGAAAUUUGACAGCAGCCUCCACAUCAAAGCAGAGCUUGUCUGAGAAAGCAAAUCUACAACUUAAAGGUUGUGCUUUUAAAAUCAGCUUGUUUAAUUUCCACCAAAUAUUUCUACAGUCUCAAGCUUCUUGGUUAGCUACAAUUCAUUUAGAGUCCACUAAUUGUUCCUUCUUUGAAGCCCAGGUAAUCGUUUGAGCAGAGCUCCCCUUCAGUGCUUACCACUCCUUUUAAUUGUUGUGUCACAUCUGAGAUCAGAUUUGUUGAAAAAAGUCUCAUUAAUGUGGCAGAAUUUUAAUUAAUCUUUACUUAUGAAUUUUCACUGAAUUCACAUACAUGGUAAAGCAGAAGGACCAAGCUCUUGGUCAAAUGCUGUGUUAACAUAGGACUGUAGCUCUUAAUUUGGAACUAAUGGAAAACUUAGGAUAAGAUCUAAUUCUUUGCACUUUGCUUUCCCAAAUAAGAAUUACAGGUAGAAAAUAUUUAGUGUCUAAUAAGACAUUUUCAGAACGUAACUAUUGGCUGGUGUAUCAAAAGGUGAGUGUCACAGUGAUUGAAGGUAUUUGCCCUGUUUUGGUAUUAAAAGCAGAUUAAUUACCCUCCUUCCAUAGUUCUAGGAAAAAUGUACAAACACCAGCUAACUCACAGAACAGACUGUCAGUACUAUCUGAUAAUUUUCAAGUUGUUUACUCUUAUACAUUAAUUAACUCCAAAGAAGGAGCUGAUAGCAAAUAAUACUUUGAUUUAGCUUGGUCAUGCAGGAGUUUGAAAACAAAAUCCUGAAAGACUGUAUUCACACCCAUAAACCAGUUAUUGCAGAAGUGGAACAGAAUCAUGCCUGAUAUUAAGAAAAGUGGGAAAAAAAAAAAAAACCCACUAAUUUUUACUCUUUGAAUAGAAUCACUGUGGGAAGAUUGUUUUGCCUUAAACAUAAACAGAGUUAAAAAAAUAAAGGUUAAGUCAACUAUGAAAAAGAAGAAAAGCAACAACAACAACAAAUACUUUUUGGACAAGUUACAGGUGUGUGAUGAGCUGCUCUUUUUCCAGUAAGACAUCUCACUGUUAAUAACUGACCCUGCUUUGAGCAACAGGGUUGGACUAGAUGGCUUGCAGAAGUGCCUUCCAACCACAGUGAUUACAUGGAACACGUUCACCAAAUCGCUGGUUGCAGAAGUACAUUUUUUCACAACAGUUUUACAAAGAUGUAAGAAAAAUCUAUCUGUACUGUACAUAAAUGCAUGGCUUCUUUGCUGUGGGCACAGAUGUUCUGUUUUCUGUCACUGAGCUUUUUUAAUUAGUGCAGCUGUGAGUUAAUAGAAAACAAAGUCAAGUACAAUUUAAAACCACACAUUUCUUCCCUUUGUGUUUUGAUUAAAUGAAAACAGCCUGCCUGAACCUUCCCUUUAUUGAAGUGGUAUAUUUUUGUCUAUGAAAAUCCAUCUACUGUUUUUUCAUAGAUAAGAAGGUGCUGCUUGAAUUUGUUGAUCCAGGCUGCCAUUGAAAAAAUGUUAACUUCUUGAAAAUAGACAGCAUGACUGAGAAAGCAGAUGAACUAUGUUCUUUUCCAGCCUAAUUCAGAAACCAGUGGUGUGCAAAGUGGUGCCGGGGGUUGAUUUGGCUUGGCAUAUCUGUCAUUUGUGAAGGUGCAUGGAGCUAAUUAAGUGUCUGACGUUUUGCAGCUCUUGAGAUUAUUGCCGAGUAUGAACACCUAACUAAGUGUAUAAUCUGUAGAAUAACUAAAGCAAGCUUUAAAAUUCAGGUCAGUACUUAGAUCCUCAUUCAGUGGCUCAUGGGACUGCCUCAGCUGAUGCAGGUUGUUGCAUCUCAUUGAGCUCCUGUGAGUGGUAGCAGUCUGCAAGAGCAGAGCAUUGAGCCCCCAGGUCCUUAAUAAUUGUUUCAGUACAUACAGUAACACUGUGGAUUUGAACACGCUGGCUUUUUUUCUUUUUUUUUCUUUUUAUUUUUCCUCCCAAAUAUUUUUGUUUCAUUUACUUUGAUUUUUCUUGUGAGAAGUGUGCUCUUGUAAUUUUAAUUUUCUGAAGUUUACAUUCAGUUUUUGAUUUCAGAUUGCACAUUUGGAUGAAAUUGCUUUCUGAGUUUACAUUUGUGCAAGAAUUAAAAGAAUGACUCUAGCAAUAUGCUGAACCUAAAAGAGUUUGUCCUACUCUAACACAGGAACUCUUCAGACAUAAGGCAAUACCAUUAAAUAAAAUGAAACCCGAUCACUGACCUACCAUAACAGUUUUGUCUGCAUAUUUAAACUAUGGGAACUGGUUAUAUAGGGAGAACGCUAUGGAAAAAUACACUUCAUCACAAACAAUUACUACCAAUCAAUUUAGGGUUCACUAUUACUUAUAUGCCUUUUCGUUUGUGUACAAGUUCAAUGACAGAAAUCAGGUGUGGCAUAUGUGUUUUAAGAGCAAAAUUUACAGCUUGGUUGGAAAUUCCAAACAAAAUACUUGUGGAGAAAUACUGCACUGUUUAAGAUAUUACCAAAAAGAUGAAUGUUUUGUUUUCUAGCCAACAAUAUGGUUCUGAGCCUGCAAAUACAAUUUCAUCUGUCAUUUCUACUUGUGCAAAUAAGACCAGUAAAUGUAAUGGGACUAUUUGCAUAAGCAAAAAACACUGACAUGAAAAAAAUAAAUUGCAGAUUUGCAUUUUAAGUUUGUUGCAAGAUGCCAAUCAAAUUCCAGAAGCUUCAGUCCUUGAAGAGUUAUGCAAGAAAUGUGAACAUGCUCUAACAUGGAGAAUAUACUUCUAUUCCCAUUUACACCAUAUCUCACAGUUAAAAGGUUGUAAAGCACCAGAAAGCUUACUGACAGCUUUCUUGUUGCUUACCGGAUGUUUGUCAUCUACAUGACAGAACCAGACAACAAACAUAAUGAAUUUUCUGGACCAUUGUGGACUUACAAUAACAAUAAAAGCAGCAAACAAUUAAAAGUGCUGUCUUCCAAGAAGUGCCUUGUGUAUUAAAUUCUGUAAGAAACAAGUUGAUGUAGAUGUUUAUUUACCUCAAAUGUUUACAAAAUCGUGACUAAAUAAAC